AUGCGACGAGGCAAAUUCAACGAGAAAUUUCAAGUGGUCGUGCUGCUGCUCUUUCUGGCCAUGCCAUCGCUUCAAGUCUUAGGGUUUGAAAAUAAAUCAGAUCAGGCACCAGAUAGUGCUGCAGAUGACAACAAAUCGGUCGAAUCGGUGGUUGAGCAACCUAUUCCUUGUCCAAAAGUGAAUAUGAUGAAGAACGUUCAGCCGUCCAAGCUGAUGGGCCUUUGGUAUGCAUAUGCGACCACGCCCCUCUCCAUUCCGGUUUUCACUCGCCGCUGCUCAUCAUAUAAUGUCAGGGAUAGUCCCUAUUUCAAAACGAACAUCCUCUUCACGGACUACAAACAUUUUGUGAUAACUUAUUCCUGCAGGAUCGACGACAUCACGCAAAUGACUGAAACGAAAACCCGAAUUUUGACGCGCAGUCGAACGCCCCUAAGAAAGUCUUUGGAUGAGGCAUUGGACGUGCUGAAGGCCAACAAUAUCGACACAUCCAGCUUGAAAUGGCUGAGACGCGACGGCUAUUGCUUCGAAUGGUACCAACUAAAAGUGGAGGUGGGUGUUAGGAAAAAGCAACUGGUUGCGCCCUUCAAUCAGCCUGAGGAUCUGCGCUAGGAAGCCCGAUGACAACAUAAAUUAAUUACAUAAAUGUUGAAUUACUUGAGCAUAAAUUGCCCACCACUGGGAAUGACUUAUUGUUUGUGCUUAAGCAAAGGAAAGAAAUCGUAUAAAUUGCAGACAUUGAA